AUGGUUCAACCCAUUCCAACCGGUGAAGGCCGUAAGGAAGGCCAAAUGAGAGUAACCCAAGGGGGGAUAUCCGCCGGAGUCUCCCCUCAUGCGCAAAUGUUAAUACCGCGUUCAAAAGUAUCAACCUUCGGUCGUGUGAAAAGCAAAGACCCUCUGCAGGAUAUGCAGGAUGCCAAGUUUACGGAGUCGGUGCAGUUCCUCUAUGAGUUUUGGAAGGAGCCAAAUGAGGUAACUAACCUCUGUUUUUUUAUGCCAAAUGGGGUGUUGAUCGAUAUGCGUGACCAGUCUAUCUACACGACCCUGGAAGAUCUGAAAACGUAUGUGUGGGAGGAAGCAGAACGCUACCCCCUUUAUGGUCACUUAGGCGAUAAGAGCACCUACUACUUCAGCACGCUUCCGGCCGCAACGAGUAGCAUCUUCGAACAACACGAUGAAUCAAAGCGUUUGAUCGAUGUGCAGCCGGUAUUCGGGAUAUUCAACUUUGUUGAAAAGAAAGUCGUGUCAGUCAACAGCCAGCUAAUGAGCAACAUCAGUGCAUUGCUCGGAACGACGCAAUUAGAUAAAACACGCAAAAAUCCAGAAGUGAAUGAUUUUCGUACCAAGAUGAGCCUCCUUGGUGAAGAGAUCGGUUCCCAGCGAGCGGCCAUGAGCCGAAUGGACCGAAUCUCCUACCAGUAUCCUGUGAAGCUGGCUCGUUCAGUGCCGGAUCAUAUCGCACAGCAUACCGCGUUCUGUGUGGUGGCGAUCAGUGUCGACAUGCAGGUGACAGUUAAGGUGACAUGCCAGGCUACACCCGACGAAGUGCUCAAACGUAUCCUCGAGAAAAAGCAAUUCUUGGCGAAGGCCCGCAACGACAACAGUGGGGAUUACAUACUAAAAGUGUGCGGCCACGAAGAGUAUAUAUACGGUGCUCAUUCGAUCAAUCGCUUCCAGUACGUGCAGGACUGUUUGUCACGCGACGAACCUCCGACAUUCGUGCCGCGCCUGAUCCGCACCGUCGAGGUAUUCAAAAACGAUAUCUAUGAAGCACGCGAAGAUUUUUCGCAUUGGUCGGGCAACACGAGCUCAAUGGGUUCCGUUACAUCCUUGACGACAGGCGUCACUAGUUGCGGUACAGUGAACAUUCACAAGCAGCAAUCACAACAGUCCCAACCGCCACACACUUUACGAAAAGUGAAAUAUAUUACAAGCUGGGAGAUUGAUGCUAAACUGCAGUGCACAGUGCACGAGAUACAUGAUCUCAACUGCGACUCGAACCGCAACGUCGAGGUUGGCGUCCAACUUGGUUUGUUUCAUGGUGGUAAAUCACUGUGUAAGACAGAACGGACGAGGCUGGUACCGCUGCACAAAGGUUCUGCUAGCUGGAAUGAGACGAUUCAGUUCGAUAUUCACGUCAGCAACGUGCCUCGCAUGGCCCGCUUAUGUCUUGUAAUUUACGAGAACAUCCGCACAGCUAAAGGGAUGGGUAUGCGGACGCGCCGAACCAAGGACGGCCUGAUCAAUCCGAUUACCUGGGUCAAUACCAUGGUCUAUGACUAUAAGAACCAGCUGAAAACGGACUCGGCAACGCUCUACACGUGGACGUACGCCGAGGAUGCGCAGUCGGACGACAUACUCCACCCGCUAGGGACGGUUGAACCUAAUCCACGACGCGAUGAGUGCCCGUCGUUGCUGUUGAGUUUUGGUAAUUACGCUCAGGAAAAUAAAACAAUACUAUAUCCGAGUGAAGAUGAACUGCUGCUGCAAGCGUCCCGUAAGUGUACACGUAACGAGCAUCUGAACCGAGAGAGUGCCGAAGAUACACGAUCGAUUAAGGCGAUCCUGUCGAAUCACUACAACGAUCGACUCAACGACAUCGUCGAGCAAGAACGCAACGCUAUCUGGGCAAAACGGCGCGAAUGCAUGAAGCAAAUGCCACACGGACUACCCUGUCUUCUGUACUGCGUCGAAUGGAACAAUCGGGAUGAGGUAGCGGAAAUAGUGUCGCUGCUACAGGAAUGGCCAAAACUGGUUAUUGAGCGUGCCCUCGAGCUGCUAGAUUACGCAUACGCGGAUAAAUAUGUCCGGCGGUAUGCGGUGGAUUGCUUGCGCACGAUUGAGGACGACGAGCUUCUGCUAUAUCUUUUGCAACUCGUUCAGGCACUUAAACAUGAAUCGUACUUGAACUGCGAUCUUGUAUUUUUUCUACUACAGCGAGCGUUACACAAUCAGCACAUCGGACACUUCAUCUUCUGGCACCUGCGUUCGGAGAUUUCUGUCCCCUCAGUUCAAGUGCGCUUCCGGUUGAUACUCGAGGCAUACCUGAAAGGUAGCCCGGAACACGUGACAGUGCUACUGAGGCAAAUGCAGUGCUUGAAACAACUGCAAGCGUGUUCCGACACGGUAAAGCGAGGCAGCAAGGAAAAAGGCCGCGCGCUGUUGAUGGACAAGCUGUCUGAGCGCAGUGUAAUGGAUGCAUUGAGCGACGUCAUUAGUCCACUAAAUCCCAGCUUCCGAUGCCGCACCGUCCGAAUCGAUCGAUGCAAAGUGAUGGAUUCGAAAAUGCGGCCACUCUGGAUCGUGUAUGAAAACAGUGAUCGAAGCGGCGACGAUAUCAAUAUGAUUUUUAAGAAUGGAGACGAUCUGCGACAGGACAUGUUGACUUUACAGAUGUUGCGCAUCAUGGAUCGGAUUUGGAAAAGCGAUGGUAUGGAUCUGCGCAUGAACCCGUACAGUUGCAUCAGCACUGACCGGCGGCUCGGUCUCAUUGAAGUAGUGCUGAACGCGGAAACAAUCGCCAACAUCCAAAAGGAGCGUGGCAUGUUCUCUGCCACUUCACCGUUCAAAAAAGGUUCUUUGCUUGCUUGGUUAAAGGAGCACAACAGCUCCGACGACCUGCUAGCGAAAGCUAUUCAAGAGUUUACGCUCAGUUGUGCCGGAUACUGUGUGGCGACAUACGUACUUGGCGUGGCCGAUCGUCACUCAGACAACAUUAUGGUGAAAAAGACGGGACAGCUAUUUCACAUUGAUUUCGGUCAUAUACUAGGCCAUUUCAAAGAGAAGUUUGGCUUCCGGCGAGAGCGCGUACCAUUCGUGUUGACACACGACUUUGUGUACGUUAUCAACAACGGGCGCACCGAUCGUGAAGCACAGGAGUUCCGGUUUUUUCAGCAAAAAUGUGAAGACGCAUUCUUGAGCUUACGCCGUCACGGCUGCCUUAUACUGUCUCUGUUUGCGAUGAUGAUCUCGACCGGGUUGCCGGAACUAUCGUCGGAGAAGGAUCUCAACUAUCUCCGUGAUACGCUGGUAUUGGACAAAACCGAGGAUGAGGCCCGCAGUCAUUUUCGACAAAAAUUUAGUGAAGCACUUGCUAAUUCAUGGAAAACGUCACUCAAUUGGGCGUCACAUAAUUUCUCGAAAAAUAAUCGCCAGUGACAGUUUUCAUUGCAGUUUCUUUAGAUAGCAGUUUGCAAUCACCAAAAUAUGUAAUUGAGUAAAUAGUGCAUACUGGGUUGUUCAAUAAGAUUUACGGUUCAAUAAUAUUGAGUUGGAGAAAAAGUAACCCAUUAUUUUCUCGGUAGAUGGCUUUAGUGAUCGAUAUCUCGUGAAGUAUCGAAGUUAUGUUUCUUUCGAUGUGAAACGUAAGAACCCGUUGUUGGUGAUGAGUGAUGUUCUGAUAGAUGUCGAACCAUGUCGGUACCUGUUGGUGUCGUGUGGUGUACCCGUUCGUGUUGACUCAAAGAACUGGACGCUUGCUGUAUUGCCGUUAUCAGCAAGUGUUCGUUAUCGUCGCUAUUGGUUUCGUUCUAAAUGUUGCAGCACGCGUUAACUUUGAAAACUUGCCGUAACUUCGAUCGUAAGGCUUCAAUUUUAGGCUCGUUUUAAAGCUGAUACUUUAGUUAACGAUACGAUACUUAACAAAAUGCUUUCUUUGGCUUUUGUUUGUACCAUUCGUUUGUGAGUUACAGGGUGUUAACAAUGGAGGUUCAAGCCAGGCUGCUGAAAUUUUGCAUGGUUUUUAUGAUGCCGAUACUCUUACAGCUAGCUACGUGUAAUUUUGGUUUCGUUGACCCGUUCAAUUUACUUUUGAUGUCAAAGAUGCACCUCGCACAGGCAUACACGUCGUCGAAAACGUCGAUAAAACCACAGAAAUAAUCAAAGUUCAUCGGCAUGUUAGAAGUUAGGGCAUCGGUCAGAUGCUGAAGAUUAACUAUCAAAUACUAGGUGUAUGCGUCAAAAAUCGGGAACUUAAAAAGAUGGCUGUACCUGCCGUUUGGGACUUCCCAGUUUUGCUGUUCAUUCAUCAUUACCUUGUGUUCACAUCAGGUAAAUGAUUUCAGGUAGAAAAAAAAUUAUUUCGGUUUGCAACCCAUCAUUCAAAGGGUUAGACCAUGUCAACUUUUGUGCCUGUAAAUGACGUUUUACGGGGAUUUUUAUUUUUCUGCUCCUUUUGAAGAAAACUGCUUCGGAAUCGCACCAAAUGCUUGUCGGGACUUGUGUUUAGAAGAUCGCAGUGCUUUAAGUUGUUUAAAAAAUUCCAAAAUGGCGAUUUUGACUUAACAAAAAAAAGCAGCGAAGGACUCCAAAAAACGAACUUUUUGAUGGGACAGAACGACAUGGUGUUUCACAAGCUCCUGAAACCUGAUGGAAACGUUAAUUCCGAUCGCUACUGACAACAAAUGGUCAAUUUGAACCAUGCAUUGAUCGAAAAUCGACCAAAAAGCAAUUCUAGUGGUUUACAAUGGAGACGCCUAGUCCCUCAUGGCCACAAGCAGUCCGAUUAGCAAUGUAUAGACCUAGUAAAUCCAGUUGAAAAUGUCUGGGGAAUAUUGGUUAGACAAAUUUAUGCGGAUAGGCAGCAAUACUGGAGGGCCAGACGAACCGUAAACCGUAAACAUUUUAACGUCAAAUCGAUCUGCUUGUGUCAAAAGGUUUGUACCUCAGCGGACCCCGUAACACGUAAAGCGUAAAACCGAGCGUUUGUUUACAAACAGAGAAUAAUGUAAGUUCUUAUUUGUGAUGUUUUUUUUUAUUUUAACUUUAAACUAUUCAGAAAUCAACUUACCUCUUCGAUUUCUAUUUUCUCGGGUCAAAAACACGAAUGUAAACACGUUUGACAUUUCGGUGACCAAUAUUUUAAGGCUGCCACACUAACCAUAAACGAUUUGAAAUUAAAAAAUAAUUUUACGCUCAUAUUUACGGUUCGUCUGGCCCCCCAGAUACAGCUCUAUUAAUGAACUUUAGGCAUCCAUUUUGGAAGCUUGGGAACAUAUGGACUCAAAAAUUUUGAAAAACCUGGUUGACAGUAUGACAAACAGAGUUUUCCAAGUCAUUCAGCGGUCAGGAAAGCCAACUGACUAUUAAACCUCACAACAAAUACAGAGACUUGAAAAAAAUCUACACAUAUUGAUAAUUUUAUUAGGUGCGGCUAUAGAAACUUGACAGUGCGUAUAUCGCGCGGCGUAUUUGGUCAAAAAAAGCUAAAAAUCAUAAAACAUCAAUCCAACUAAAUGGUUUUUUUUCAUAAUUUUGCCUACUUAAAAGAGUCCCAAAACCAGAUGUUGAAUCAAAAAGACUGUUUGGAAGAUACGUUAAAAACGUGGGUUGUUGACCGAGAAACUUGACAGAGUGUAUAAUCACAACAUGGAAGUGUAUUUUGCAUCCCUUCCAGAUUCUCACUUCAGGGAUGGGGUUCAUAAAUUGGAAUCUCGUUGGAACGAGUGUCUCGUUGUACAAGUGUUGUUCAGGGAGACUUUACUGAAUAAUGAAGUGUAUUUCUUACCAUAAAAUUGUUUUUCUUUAUCGAACCGCAAAACUUAUUCAACAUCCUGGUACUUUAAGUUUUUUGUCUGGACCUGCGAUAAAAUAGUGUCAGGAAGACUGCACUUAAAUAGUUCACUUCUUCAAUUUAGUUUACAAGCCAUAGUCUCAAUGCACCUAAGCAUGCUGAAAUAUUGAAGAUAGUUUAUAUACCGUUAAGAAAUACCAACUAAGAAGCAGGUGAUGAAUUCAUAACAUUUUCUUCCACUUUUCUAGUUUUAUACUUAUAGUGUAAGUAGUCGUAAGCUAAUAAGUACGUAGUCGCUUUAAAUAAUUCACUUUGAUAGUUUUUUUAAGACGCAAUACAGAUUAAUACAUAUAGAUUAAUGUCUAUGAGUUUUGUUUUGCAAGACUUUUCUUGAUUUUAGUUGCCCUUACCACACACAGCAUUAUUUUUUUACUAUCAUACUUUACCAUUUUAUUUACAUUUAAUAUCAUUACCUGUUGUAGAAAACUGCUACAGAAUCGCAUCAAACGCUUGUCGAAGCUUGUUUUUAGAAGAUCGUAGUGAUUUAAGCGGUUUAAAAAAAAUUAAAAUGGCUUCCAAACAAGUUCGAAGAUGUUGAACUACAAGCACUUCGAUUCCUGCGUCGAAAAUUGGACGACUAAUUGGUUUGCUUAAGAAGACGAAGAAUUCUUUCGGCAUAGCAUCCACGAUUUAGCAGAGAGAUGGUAGAAAUGUAUAGCUAGC